AUGUCCCUGCCUCGUACGACUCGAUCCGUUAGGACGAUUCUUUCGACACCUUCAGGGAGCAUAAGAUGGGCCGUCUCGUGCCGUGCUAUCUCACCAAGUAGCUUAAGAGCGCUUCACACGAGCCUCCGCAGAGAGUAUGGGAAGUCUGUCAUAGAUGAAGCCUCAAAAGAUGAACACCUUCUCACGAAACGGCUGGCGGACGAGCUACGUUUACCGCUAUUUAGCGCGUCUGGAGAACAGCUUCAUCUGCUCGAGGAUCCGUCACAUUUCUAUCAGACUCUCAAAGACAAGAUCAGCCAAGCGGAAAAUAGAAUUUUCCUCGCAUCACUGUACAUCGGUAAAGAGGAGUCAGAGCUGAUCGAGCACUUGGAAUCGGCACUUUGCGCAAAGCCGUCAUUACAGCUGACAAUCUUGGUCGAUGCGUUGAGAGGGACACGAGAAUCGGCUCCCACACCAUCAUGCGCCAGCUUGGUCUCACGACUACGGGCUCGAUUUCCCGACAGAGUCAGAAUACGACUCUAUCACACUCCGAAUCUCAAAGGAUGGCUCAAAAAGUUUGUAGGAAAACGCUUCAACGAAGGCUGGGGGCUGCAACACAUGAAAAUUUACGGAUUCGAUAACGACGUCGUGCUCAGUGGUGCCAAUCUCAGUCGGGACUAUUUCACGAACCGUCGCGACCGAUACUUGAUGAUCGAGGAUCACGAGGACAUUGCCAACUACCUGCAUUCGCUUGUGCAGCUUGUAGGGCAGUUCAGCUUCAAGCUCGAGGCGUGCGAAGACAGAGGUGCCUCGUUCGAGAAAGAAGAAAGUCCGGACUGGAAGUUGAUAUGGGACGGAGGCAAAGACAGCACUUCUUCACUGCGCAGCCAGACAGAGAUGCAGCCUUACCGAGCGACAGGAUGGACGGACGAAGCAGCCAACGCGGUCGAGGAAUUCACUCGACAAUGGAAUACCAUAUGCCCGAUUUCGAAGGCCGAGAUCGCGAUUGGCCGUGGGCAGGCCGACACGUUGCUGCUGCCCUUGCUUCAAAUGGGCCCAUUGAAGAUCAGGCAAGAGACUUGUGCUAUCCCGCAGAUUCUUGAGCUAGCUCACAAAGCCCACGAUGAGCAAGGUCCGCCACCGAUACUGGCACUUACGUCCGGAUACUUCUCGUUGUACAAACCAUACAAAGCGCUCUUGCUGCAAGCCAAAGCUGCACGAACCGCCGUCGUCAAGAUGAUCUGCGCCGCUCCUGAAGCCAACGGCUUUUUCAAUUCCAAAGGCGUCUCGGGCUGGAUCCCAGAAGCCUACACUUGGUACGAGUUUCAGUUUUGGGACGCACUGCGGCGGUCCAGGAGGCUCUUGCGGCAAGACGGCAAAUCGGGAGAAGAAGGAGGCGUAGAGAUUCGAGAGUGGAAGAAGGACGGCUGGACCUACCACGCAAAAGGUAUCUGGUUUUCUCCUCCACCAGCAGAGGGGUCCAACGAAUUGGCAGCGCCGACAAUAGUUCACAUCGGCUCGAGCAAUUACGGUUCAAGGUCGGCAGACCUGGAUCUUGAAUGUACGUUUCUGAUCUCGACUCUGUCGAAGAAGCUCUCGCAAAAGUUCAAGGAAGAGUGGUCUAAGCUCGAAGCAGACGCGAAGGACCGCGUAGAUGAGAGCUUGUUCCAGAGACCUGAUCGCCAGGUGCGCAGACGAGUCAGAAUUGCAUCCUGGAUCCUCAAAGGUAUGCUUUGA